AUGCCCUCAGAGAGGGAUUUACUGGGGACUGUUGAAAGUCUAUUCGAGCGCCUUAAACAAGAAGGCAAAAUUACACCCAACAACAUCAAGGACCAUCAAUUGACACUCUGUGUCUAUGUGUGUGAAGUGGAAGAUUGGGAAGAAGACGAUGAUGGCCUCACAUCAAGUUAUACUAGCUCAUUCCGACCCUGUAGGAACCCGGCGGUAGAAAGUCCCAUUCAGGUUGAACUUGCGUAUGAUGAAUACGAAUUUGAGAGGACCACAUUUACUACUGAUACAUAUGGGAAUCUUUUGGAGCAUGUUAGCCUCGAUACUGAGACGAUCAAGAUUGCCAGAGACUGGAGGAGGCACGUUAGUGACAAGCCUGCUAGUGGUUACAUUUCGAAAGGGUUCAUGAAGUUUGCAUUUGCAGGGCAAACAGGUGGGAAAAUGUAUGCCAUAUUUCAAUGUAAGCUGGAACAAGUGGUUGAAGCGCAAAAUUCAAUCGAUUUGAUUGCUGAGUUGUGCCUUCUGGCCCUGGGUCAGUAUUUUGCAAACUCCUUCGAACCGAGGGUAAGGGCCAUGGGUGCAGCAGUUGAACCAAGUAAGUUGCUGAACCAACUGUGGGCGGGACUCAUAGUUCUUGCCACCAGGCAUUCGUGGAAUUUUGAAGGUGCCUUUAUGGGAAAGGUCACAUCGGGGAUGCUACCACAUCCAGCUGAUGGCGAAGAAGACAAUCGCAGUCUCAUCUACCCCAUCUUUUUGGUGGCCCCACUUAUCGCGACAACUGGUCUGUACAAAGAGAGGAAAUUCAGUGGAAACGAUCAGGCUGGCAACAAUAAUGAUGAGGUUGGGCGUGUCAUAGAUGCCUACUCUCAUCAUGUUCUUGUCGAUAGCAAUGGGUUCCUGCUUCUUUCGGACUUGCAAGGUGUAGUUGGGCCUGAUAAAGAGGUUAUCCUUUUCGAUCCUCAAGCACAUUCUUUUACUUGUGAAACAGGCUUUUGGGAUGGCGGUCGCAUAUGCAUGGAGGAAUGGCAGAAGCAACACACAUGUCAGGCUCUUUGCCGAAAAUUGGGACUGAAAGACGCUGUUGUUACCUUGGGUGAGUGUGAAUUGACACCACCACUGGUGGAACGACCACUUCGUUUCGGAUUUCCUUCCCCCAAGAAAGAAGUCCAUGAUUAG